AUGAAGGCUUAUAAAUUGAAUAAUGACAUUACUGUCACACAGGAACAGUUGGAUCACUGGAAUGAACAGUUGGCCAAAUUAGAAACACCACAGGAGAUUAUUGCAUGGUCUCUUGUUACUUUUCCUCACCUUUUCCAAACCACUGCGUUCGGUUUAACGGGUUUGGUUACAAUUGAUAUGCUCUCAAAACUAUCUGGGAAAUAUUACAUGCCGGAAUUAUUAUUUAUAGACACUCUGCACCAUUUCCCACAGACUUUGACGUUGAAGGACAAGAUUGAGAAAGCAUACUACCAGCCUGUAAAGCAAACCAUCCACGUCUAUAAGCCGGAUGGAUGUGGUUCGGAAGCGGAGUUUGCCUCGAAGUACGGUGAUUUUUUAUGGGAGAAGGACGAUGACAAGUACGACUAUCUUGCCAAAGUAGAACCUGCACACCGUGCUUACAAAUUACUACAUGUGAGUGCUGUUUUUACGGGUAGAAGGAAAACACAGGGUUCUGCUCGUUCCCAGUUGUCGAUUAUUGAGAUAGACGAACUAAACGGAAUCUUGAAAAUAAACCCAUUGAUCAACUGGACAUUCGAGCAAGUCAAACAGUAUAUAGAUGCAAACAAUGUACCAUACAACGAACUUUUGGAUCUUGGGUAUAGAUCCAUUGGUGAUUACCACUCUACACAACCUGUGAAGGAAGGUGAAGAUGAAAGAGCGGGAAGGUGGAAGGGCAAGACAAAGACGGAAUGUGGAAUCCACGAAGCCAGCCGAUUCGCACAAUUCUUGAAGCAAGAUGCCUAG